AUGUGGGCAUCCGAUGGUGCAUUGUGGCCAUUCAAAACUCUUCUAAAAAGUAGUGAUAUUAUGCCAGAAGAUGCAAAUACAGUUAUUGUAUUCUUGACAAUUGCAAGGAACAAAUAUGGUGAUAACCCAUUGCACAAUCUGGCUGCAUAUGCCCCUUGUGAAGAAAAUACUAAGAAUAUAGCAGAAUUGCUCAUAGAUAUUUACAAAAAUGAAAUAUCGAGCUUUUCGAAAGCGAACCUUUCACAAGAUCUCCUUCAAUGUCCAUGGUUAGUGAAGAACAACUACGGAGAUACACCUUUGUCAUUGGCCAUAGCCCACAAGAAUGAAGAUUUGGCUAAGUAUUUCUUGUCAGUGGACGAAAAUGUAGUUAUUGAAUGUGAUAGGAAUGUUUUGUUCUUGGCUAUCGAGAAAGAAUGUCAUACAGUUGCAGAAGUGAUAUUCAAGCUAAUCGAUAAUAAAGGUUGGACUCAACUUCUUACUAAUGAUCAACAUUUGAAUGUCUUGCAUCUUGCACCAUUAUGCCCGGAAAACUUUUGCAUACAACUACUUGAAGGACAUCCAGAAUUAAUCAAAGGAGUUGAUAAAGAAGGAUCAACAAUAAUUCACAGUUGGAUAAAAAGUGACAAAGAAUGGUUAUUUAGAUUCAUACUGAAGAGCAAGUGGAAAUUUCUAUUUGUCAAACUUAUUGAUGUUUUGGAUUACAAUGACCGAAAAAAUGUUUUUCAUGUUGCUGCAACUACCACCCAUCAAGCAACAAUUGAAAUUGCCCUCUGCACUUGGCAAUACGCAACCAACGUGAAGAACUUGUCAUUAUAUGGGGUUGAUCAUAUUGAUAAGCUACUAGAUCAUUACAAGCCAGAGCACAGUAUUUUGUUUCUAGCAAUACAAAAUAAUUGCCCUAAAGUUGCCGAAUAUAUAUUGUCAAGAUUGAAUAAGGAAAGCAGGUCCAAAUAUCUCAAGGAUCCCUCUGAUGGCCGAAAUAUAUUACAUCUAGCUCCAAAUUUGAAAGAAACUUUACUCAGCAGUGAUAAGAUAAUAUAUGACAUCAAGGAUGAUGAAGAUAUAUCUGCCAUAGAUCUAUUGGCUCAAGAAUGCGACAACAACCAAGCUUGGGAUCGGAUGUGCAAAAGAAUUGGUCUUGAUCCAAGGAUAAAAACGACGUACUUUCAAAGUAAGACAAAUUUGUUAGACGUGCGAAAUUCCCUAUUUGUGGUGGCGGCUUUAUUAGCCACCAUUACAUUCACUGCUGGAUUUACUCUCCCCGGUGGAUUUAAUCAGGAUACUGGGGAUGCACUUUUGGCUACUAAGGCAGCUUUUUUGGUGUUUCUAAUAUCAGAUACACUAGCCUUAUUUUUUUCAAUGUUGGUAUUGAUUUGUCUCAUAUGGUCUAUGGUUUACGAUUCUAGUAAGUCAUUGUUUUUGAUUGAUCGAAGUAUGGUGUUGCUCCGCUUGGCAUUAAACAGCACAUUAUUGGCGUUUAUGACUGGAGUCUACAUUGUCAUAGCCCCAAAGACAUUGUGGGCAGCUAUCCUUAUUAUUGUUAUCAUGAGCUUUCUCAUUGGAAUUUCGAUCAACAAGACGCUUUUGUACAAUGUCUUAGAAUAUCUAGACAAGUUAAUCCCUUCUCCAACCAAGAAGCCCAAAGAUCAAAUCCGUGUGGUGGAACUGAUAUUUGUAUUAGAAAGAAAUCCAGCAAUUUCAUCAUCAUUUGGAUUGCAGGGCAUCUCUAGUGAGCAAGAUCACUUGCUUAGCCAUCGCUAA